AUGUUCAACUCUGUGGACCUCAGCUGCUGGCUGAGCCGGGCUCUGGUGGGAGACCGCCCUCCAAGAGCCGCAGCUGGGAGGCUCCCUAAAGACAAAAGCUUCAUUUCUUCUCGGAUAGUCUGCAAGGACCAGCACAGGCAGGCUGGGGCGGCGGUGAAGAGGAACAGGGCAGGGACCAGCUUGGGGGAAGGGGCCGCACUGACAAGACACACAGUGUCCACCCUGGGCCUCCCCAUCCUCGGCCUCCGGGAGCAGAAGGACCUGCUGAGACGUAUCAGGUCGUACCGGGCCCCCAGGAAGCUCCAGGCCAACUCCCCGGAGUAA